AUGGCAGAGGCAGAGACUGACCCAGAACCAUCACAUGCUUACUUGGAGUGGUGGCAUGAGCAUGAAAGGAGAUUCUUAUCGCAUGAGCUCUUUCUCGAGGACCCCAGAGCAGAUGCUAUCCCAGCCAAUGCUAUACAGAGAGGUUCAGGUUGGGUUUCUGAUAUGGACCAGGUGCCAGAUGUUCCUGACAGGCGUCUAAUAGAGCGGAGACAUCAUGUUGGGACCCGAGCCAGUGAGCAUGAGUGGAGAUGGCUCAAUGAUGCGAUCGAUGCCAUGGAAGGAAUAGGUCAAUGUCAUAGACGAGGUAGAUGUCCUGAUAGAAGUGGAAAUAGUGGAAGUAUAGAUGGAGGUGGAGGUGGAGAUGGUGGAAGUGGAGGUGGUGGAGAUGGCAGAGGUGAGGUUGGUUUUCAGGGUGGUGCUUUAGGGUUAGGGGAUGGUGGAGGGUUUGGAGGUGACGGGGGGUUUUGGUGA